AUGCAAAUGGGUCUGCGGCUCAAAAUAUACAAAAAUCUGCUGGUGCUGCUUCUGGGCAUGGAGAUGCGCCGCUCUUCAUCAGUGGUGGGGGCACUGUUGGCAACCAGAGUGGUGGCGCGCAGGGAGGCACUUUUGGGGGCCAUCAAGAUGCUACUGGUGGUGAUAGUAGUGCUGCGGGGAAAGGAGGGGCACCAGGAAGAAAAUCCUCUUCAGCAUCGCCUUCUCGCGGAUCCAAACCUCUUGGGGGAGCAGGCGUAGAAGGACCAUCAAAUGAAGGCACGCCCUCGUCUCCUUUUCUGGCGCAAGAUGGGCCAAGCGUCGUGCCCUCGAGAGCUAGUGGUAGAACGAAAACGCCUAGCCGGUUUGUGGGCGUGAUGGAUCCGGAUGUCCCUGGUCUCCCAGCAAGCGAUUACGAUGUAAUCCCAGGUAAGGAGCCUCGUUCUACUGAAGCAGAUGGGGCUUUAUCAAGUCCGGAGAAUCGUGCUGCCCGCGGACGUGCUGGCGAGUUUGACCGCCCUCGAGGUUCCUCCUCAGGUUAGGGCUCAAUACAAUUCUUCUUUUUGUUUGCGAGAUCUCGUUAAUAUAAUGAUCUUGGCCCUCUUCGGUUUCAGUCAAUUCAUUUCAUCCACCAGUGGCCAGCAUUUUCUUCGAUUUCCUUUUUAGGGUCGUUCUGAAGAAAUGAAAGGGCAAGAAGUGUGUGAGGCAAGAAAUGAAUUGUCUUGAGAGACGAGUUCUAAUCAUGUCCCCGCGAUGGAAGUAAGAGGCCCUCGACUCGGGGUCGCGUGGACGUCGAUGGCAUGGGCAUCGGUGAAUUAGAUGGCGUUGCCGACGAGCAUACUGGUGCCACAUCCAGAAGGGGGGAGGGUCGUGGUGGAAGUGCUGGUGGAGGCCUACAGGAUGAAUUGUGUGGCGGCCAUACUUCUACAUCCAGAAGAGGAGGCGGCGGAGCAGCUCAAGGUAAGGGUAAUAACGCUAAGGGCAAUUAUGGCGGUAGAGGUGGAGCAAGCGGAGGCCCUGCUCGUUACCAAUCUGGUCGCUCAGCGAAAUCAAAACUGGAACACCUGGAAGGGGUAAUGUUAAGGCCCGUUCCCACGUAGCUUUUACAUCUUUUUCACUAGCACACAUCUUUCCUCCUGAGGACUCUUUCCCCAACCCCAGGAAGGAAUGGUGGGCGCAGGGAUAUUGGCUCUUUUCCGAGUCAUUUGUCCUUUUUGGUCAUUGGUCCUAGCUAGGCUGGCCCUGGCUCCACCACUAGUAUUUUAAAGAGUUCAGGGAGCACGUUUUGAAGACUGGAAAAAUGUGGGAGCAACUUCUAAUACCUCGGUUCGGCCUCGACAGCUCCGAGGACGAGGAGCCUGAGGCCUUUUCAAUUGCGCAACUAAUGCGCGACCGCGAGCAUGCUGAGAAUGCUGAGCGAGAAAAGAGAAGAAUCCUAUUGCUCCAAUAUUCGAAGCUGCCACAGGAGAAGAAAAACGACUCCCCGCUUAUGUUCUUGGUCGUCAGCUUUUUUCUUGUCCACAUCUUUCUCAGUCUCAUUCCCAGCGCCUCGAUUAUGUAUGCUUCUUUCUUCCAAUAGAAGUGAAUACAAAGGAAGAAAAGGAGGCACUACUACCGAGAUAUCGAGAGAGCCAAGAUAGAUGCAUGAGUAUAACAAGAUGAGCUUUAUGAUGAUGCCCUAAAGUAGCCGGUAAGUUUUCCCUCAUUUUCAUCCUGAGUUAGUCCCUCCAGCAGUCAAACUAUGAUAGACCCAGGCAUGUAUAGAAAAUAGACUUCUAUAAUGGUGACAGAUAUGGAUGUCCAUGUCUAAUCCUUGGUCCGAUGAGUCGAAUCCGAUGGUAGACUUACAAAGGUCGGAAGCCCAUAAGAAAUUGCUGGAUACGAUAGGAACCUCUUAUACGAUAGUCUCCGGGAUGCAAGCCCAACAGAAGCGGUUAUCCGAUAGGAACCAGGUCGUUUUGUACGUCGACGAAGACCACGAUGUGCACCUACCUGCAGACCAGCGGCACUCUGUUUCCCAAGCUAGCGAGGCAUCGCGCCAAGGUGAAAAGCAGAAAAAACGCCGUCCAAAAAAAGAGGGCGAGGCAAUCGCAAUGGAAGAGCUGAGUAUUGACUCCGCAUCGGAGAGGGGAGGAGAAGAAGAUGUGGAAAAGCUUCGAAGCUACGGUGAGGAUUUUAGCUCUCCUAGUGUCCAAAUUUACGCUGAUCAAGUGGACGAAGAAUGGGAUGAAGAUUAUGCGUGUGCUGCUCCUGCUGGUGCCCGAAACUAUAGAAAUGAAGGAGCCGAUGAUGCUGAUGAAAAUGAAGGCGUCGCAUUUGAUGCACGAAAAAAAAGUAUAAGAGGCGUAGAAGAUGACCUAGUCCCAGAAGAUAGCGCUGGUGUACCGUAUAUAAACGCGGCUCUUUCUCUUCCGAAAAUGACACCACGGCCGCGAGUGGUGGCUCAGGACGAUGCUGACGCGCGUAUGGAUAUUUGGGAAGCAGGGAACGAAGCAGGGUCGGGGAAGAUGCCAAGAGUAGAGGUGUCUUCUAACUCUUUAGAGACAGAGAAGAAUGGCCCAACAACGACUGUCGCAGAAAAGAAGCGCAAAUCAGAGGUGGGGAAGCUUCUUCGAGUGGCUCGUAAACACAGACAGAGUGGCCAUUUCCCCGCAACGCUUGAGGCUGAAGCCGCAGCAACAACAAGUGGUGGCGGGAACAACAAACCACAGGCACAACUACAGCGGCUGCCUUCUGUCACAGCCUUUACUAAUGGAAUAGUAAGCCCUCCACCUUCUCCGUCGUCCACUAGUAGGAGGGAAGCUGGGCCGCUACUAUCAUCGCCAUCCCCUCCGCCAUUUUCUAGAGCCACAAAAAAUAUGCAGGGAACCGCGCCGACUUCUGCGGCCACUAGUACACUAAGCAGACUCCCUGCUUCUACUUCAAAGGCCCGAUCUGGAAAGGGUGCAUCAGCUUCCUUCCCUAGUCCCUUCUCAAGUAACAAAGUUGCGACGCCUCCACCCGUGAGAAACAGCGGCAUUGCGGAAAGAAUGGAGGAAAGGAGACAAAGGAAAGCAGCUGUCGACCCUCGAAAGAAAGAGCAGGACGCCCUGGAUGGAAGAGGUCGCGCUGAGGAGGCUUCAAGCUUAGGCGACUUAAUGUUACAUGCUGCAGACCAAUUUCUAGGUGCAUUGACGACUCCAGUAGACGAUGGAGAUUAUACUACUAGCAAUUAUAGCCCUACAGGAAAAAACACUGGUAGAGAUAGAGAAGACUUGCAUAGAGGAUCUGCCGGCAAUCGUAAUGGCAGUAGAAAAAGCCUUUCUCACUCCCACCACCUACGGCGCCUCUCUUCGGCUCCCCGUGAAGACGCCUUUGAGAAAACUCAGCGUUGACGUUGAUAUAAUAUCAUCCCCUUCCUCUUCUACAUUGAUAAUAGGGCAAGCGUCGUCAUGUCGUGCCCAUUGUAAUGCCCAUAGUACAGCUGGUAGCUGUAAUCGUGAAGAUUGGAACGGCAGUUGCGAUGUGGAUGCUUCUAAGAACGUCAUAGUCAACGUAAAACUUGAAGCGACCAACUACACAAGAGGAAACUUUAACUUGGGGACAUUAAUGCGGUACGACAAUGACCAUAGUACACGAUUCAACUUUGUCCACAGUCACUGCAUCUGCCUCAAUGUCCUUCAUACAUCUUGCGACCCUUCAUCAUCAACAUAGAAGCACUCGCUUCUAUUCACAACAACAACAUCCACCACACACAUUGCGGGCCUCCGUAAUAUUAUUUAUACUCACUUUCUCGCAAAAUCAAAUA